UUGUCUGUGGUAAAUGGCAAAUUAUCGUGCAUGUGUUUGAAUUAAAAAGAUUUUGUCAUGAUUGUAGAAUUAAUAUGAAUACUGGAGCUUGAGUUACUUUUUCUAUCAUCUAUGAAAUAGAUUUUAUUUAAUUAAAACAUUAUUUACUAGACAUGGCCGAUGAAGAAAUCAAUGGUGAUGCUGAUGAUAUCCAACAUGAUAAAGACAAAACUCAAAAGAAAACUGCAAAACACGACAGUGGAGUAGCUGACUUAGAAAAAGUCACCGAUUAUGCAGAAGAAAAAGAAAUUUCAUCCCAAGAUAUAUCUGGAGCACUAUCCUUAAUUGGUGAUAGAAGAAAUAAAGAAGCAGCAGAACGCCUCGAAAAAGAAAAGGAAUUACAGAAAGUGUCUGUAAAGAAAGAUGACAUUGAAUUGAUUGUAAGAGAAAUGGAAAUCUCAAGAACACUAGCUGAAAGAACAUUGAGAGAACAUAGAGGGGAUGUGGUAGCAGCUCUAACUACACUCACAAAUUAAUUCACAUCUUACUAUAUUACAAUAUACUAAUAUCAGUUUACUUCUGUAAUACCAUUUCUUAAUAAAUUGUAAGUUAAGUCUAUUAUUG